AUGGCAGAGGUCAGGCAGGAGCCAGCAGCGCCACGAGCCGUCCGGGUCUGCCGCAUCUGCGUGGAUUUCCUGCAGAGCCCCGCUGCUGCCGUGGAGCCCUGCGGACACGUGUUCUGCCACGCCUGCAUCCAGCCCCAGGCUGCCCCCGACGCCGCUGCCACCUGCCCGACCUGCCAAGGGCCCAUUGGGGGCAUCCGCCUGCUGCAGGGGCAGGACAACCGUGCCGGGGUGGCCCCGCGUCGCCCCCGCCGCCGCCUCCAUCCCUUCGUGGUGCGCUGGCGGCAGCGGCAGCAGCAGCAGGCACGACAGGACCCGACCCCCUUCAGCAGCCAGCUCAGCCCCCCCGCAGCAGGAGGAGGCCCGCGCCUCUGCCCCCAGCAGCCGCCCGGCCCGGCAGGGGAUGGAGCCCGGCAGGUCGGUGCCGGCGGAGCUGAAGCUCCGAAAGCCCUCGCAGCGGGCCAGGAUCCCGGCGCCUUUCCUCGCCCACUCGGUAGGUCGCUGGCUCGGCCCGCGGCCCCCGGCUCGCUCCCUCGGCUGCCGUACCCCUUCGAGCCCCCCAUGACUCUGUCCGCACAGGACGGGGCGCCUGGGCCGGCGGGGUCCCCCAGGCCGGACCCCGCGGAGAUAGACGCGGAAUCCCUGGUGCCCACGCACGAUGAGCGGGGCCGGCUCAUCCCCGAGUGGAAGCGGCAAGUGAUGGUGCGGCGGCUGCGGGCCCGACUGGCGGACGAGGACCCGGCGGGAGGGCAGGUACGAGGGGCACGGGGAGCAGGGAGGGGCGCGGGCUGCUCCUGGAGCUUCUCGCCCUCCCACCAAGCCGUGCUGGGCCCGUUCGGGGAGCUGCUGACCGAGGCAGACCUGCAUCAGUUGGAGAUGGCAGUGGAGAGCCUGCGGCUGCGGCGGCGUGGCGAGGUGUACCAGGGCGAGCUGCGGCGCCUGGUGCGGGAGCUACGCGCCCUCUUGCCCGCCCCGCUGCUCAGCAUCUCCGUCCGCAGCCCCCCGCCUGCUCCGGGGCUGCCCCUGCCCCUCUGGUGCGGCCGCCUGGCCGGCGCCGUCAACAGCCUGGCCGCGCUGCUGGGCAACGCCGAGGGGCUGCAGGGUCCCCGCGGUGCCGUCGCCGCGCCCGCCGCUACCUGCGCUCUCCCUGUGGCCGGCGGGCACCCCCGGGAGCCAGGGGGCAGCCUGGCACAGCGGGAGAUCCGGCAGUGCGGAGUUUGUGUCCGCAGCCUGCGCGGCGCCUUCGAGCCCGCCUGGGGGGCCGCGGGGAGCGCGCCCGCCGGGGCCGGCGAGGCGGAGGCGGCCAGCGACUCAGGCAUCAGCUGCGAGGAGGCGUUUUCCGACGGCGGCUCCCCGCGGCAGGGGAAGCGGCCGGGGCCAGAGUGGGGCAGCUUGAGGAAGGAACGGAUCGUAAUGCUCUUCCUGAGCCACUGGAGACGCUCCGCGUACGCGCCCUUACGACCCGCCGCCGAGGACCCUCGGGAGACAGCGGGGAGCGGGGCCCGGGCUGCGGCCCGCCUGGCCCGGCAGAGAGCGGCCAUCCAGAAGCUGCUGAGCGGCUGGCGGGACGCCGCCUCCCGCCGCCCCCCCCCGCCGCCCCCCGCCCGCACCCUGCUCUCCCCGGAGCAGUUCGUGUCGGCGGCGGGGGGCGGCCCGGCCGAGUACGAGAGCCUGUCGCUGGAGCUGUUCAUGCUGGGCUAUUUCCGCAUCUUGGAGCAGGACCUGUCCGCCGAGGAGCGCCGAGGCCGCCACCUGCUCUGUUUCGAGGUGUUUGAGCAGCUGGGCCGGCACGGCUGGCGGGCAGUGCGGGCCUUCCAUCGCGCCGUCAUCGACGAGAUCGCGGCCGGGCGGCGCGGCUGGAGCGACAGCUUCGACGACAUCAAGGCACGGUACUUCGGGACUUUGCACAGCCCGGCCCAGCGGCCGGGCCAGCCCGCGGAGGAGGGGGACGAGAUUUGUCGCUACAUCGAUCGCAGCUUCGCCUUUUGGAAGGAGAAGGAGGCCGAGAUCUUCAGCCUGGAGGAGUGAUGCCGAGGGGCUCCGGAGGCCGCGGGCUGCAAUAAAAACCUUCUCGGUUCUGUCCCA